UUCACACAUUUCGUGCGCGCAUUGUUUAUACUAACCUCCCUCAUACGAACUUUAUUCCUACUGUAUUUUAGAAAAAUUUCGAAGCACAUGAAAAUAUUUUUCCGUAAAUACAAUCGCCGGGUCACUUGGCCACCCAAGUGUGUUAUUAAUUAUUUCUGAAACGAGACAUUGAUGAGAAAAUGCAACAAGUCGAAGCUAUUGGUGAUUUACCCUCCUGCAAGGGUCUGUGGUCUGUAAUAUGCGGUACAACAAGUCGCUGCGACAAAGCUCUUGUAGUUGACGAAAUCAAAAAUGCGACUCAACUACUGAAAGAAGGCAUCAAUUUCUUCAAAAGCUACACCGAAGCAUCACUCCAAAAAGUAUACAAAACCAAUCCCCCGGCCCGGAUGUAUGAUCUCAUUGGAAAAUUAGCACCUGUUUUGAACUUGGAUGCUACGAUAGCCUGGGAUCUGGUAUGCAACUUCAUGCUCUACGAGUACAGAAAUUGUGCGGAAACAUUUGCUACACAAUUAGCAGACUUGACGUCGAUGAGGAAUUUGAUCGAAGACAUAUGGAGUUUUUAUUAUUUCGAGAGAAUAACACUAAUAAAAUGCUUGAAAUUAAUGAGCGAAUAUCGCGACGAGAAGCAUCCGCACAGCAAGGAAUUUAAUAAGUUUUUCACACAAUUAUCAUCGGAUAAUUUAUUGAAAUCGGUUCGUAAGCAGAUCGAGAGUUUGAAAUUCAUAAACCCGCCUAGUCGCGUGAGUUCCUUCAGUGAAAACCAUCUUCGUCGUUUGUACAAUAAUAGUUUGGUGGAAAUGCGUGAAUUGUUUCACGUUUUGACGAUCCUUCUUGAAGAUAAGCUUCCGAACGCGAGCGAAUUCGAAGCUAUAUACGGGAGCACAUGCGGCGAGCCAAGACGUCUCGUCAGUGCGAUGAGUCACGAGGACAAAAAAUUAGUAGCAAAAAAAUUGGAGGAAAUACGACAUUGUAAAAUGGCUCUGCUUGUUGUCAGCCUGGACGUAACGAAGCACGAGGAUAUGCCGGAAUUAAUCUUGCAACUUCGGAGCAGCAUGCAAGAUACCCUCGAACACAAAUGUCUCAGAGACAGUACUUCGCAAAAUGGACCUUUCUUACUGGCAUGGAUGCUGGCCAAUUACGCCAUCGAACCCGACAAUGCUGAAAUUCUCAAUCAAUUCCGACCCUUCGGCAUUAAAGCUAUUCAACUCGAUGUUUUUAAUCAAUUGCAAUCUUUGAUGGACGCAGAGAUGAUACGCGAAGAUACAAAAUACGCGCGUGUUGUGCGUAAAAGCGUUUACAAUCUCUUGACUCUGUUGUGCUCAUUCGUAGAUGACGUUAGAAUCAGCAGUUUUAGCGGCAUAUUCGAAGCGGUUGGCUCCACCCUCAGAUAUCCCGAAAUCGCUGAUUUAUUCUGGAACGACAUGGCUCAGGAAACUGGAUUGUGGCCCUAUUAUGAUCGUGCUGUUGCACUAUUCCCACAUAAAUUCGAGCCUCUAACUCUCAUUGCUACUGGACUCGCCAGCGCUUCCAAAUCCAGUGCUGAAAAGAUUGCUGACGCUUUAGAUCGAUUGGAAACGGUGACGUUGGAGGUGCCGAGAAACCGAGGCCACAGCAUGAAUAACAGCGGGAAUGUUGGCUCAAUUCGUCAACCAUAUAGACCGUACGAACGUGAGUGUACGAUGCAUCGAAACAAUUUUAUGAUUGAAGGGGAUUGCAAGCGCAUAUCGGUGGAAGUGACAUCAUCAGAUACGGAGAUCGUAAGGUGGCAAAAGAGAUCGCGUUACGGAGAUGCUUUUCACCACAAAAUCGAGCAAUUACUGUCCCAAGCUGGAGGAGGAUUAACGAAUGUCAGUGAAUUCGAUACGUCUUUACCGGAGCACGUUUACCAAGGCUUUUGUUUACUGGUCGAAUUGCUCGGGGCCGAUCUCGAUAUAACACCAGGCAUGGUAAUACCUACGGAAAUGAGUCUCGAGAUAAUUAAUCGUUUCUCAUACCCGGUGUUGCCUUUGAAGAUCUACAACGUGGUUGCUUCGUGUUGCCGCGUCACUUCGAAGCUCGUACUAAAAUACCCCGAAGAAAUAUUAUCGCGAAUGCGAGUGGGCGUUUAUCCACGUUUCAACGAUACUUUUCAAAAUACGAAAGAUUUAGCAAGUGCAGUUUCGUUUGACGGUGGUCUCAUCGCUUCCUGGCUCUCCGGUAUCGAGAGUAUAGAGCAUCGUUACACGAUACUCAGUACGUAUCUCGAUACAUUGUGGAAUUAUCUCGUAAUGAGAUACAGCAAAGAAACUAUGUACAACGUCGAGAUCCCGGGAAUGGUUUUUCUCCUCCAAGCUGUCUUGCCGAAAUUGGAUUCGUGGUAUUUCGCUUCCGAAGGAGAAAGAAUUGAUCUGUGGUUCAAAAGCAUGUCCUGCCUCCAUCGUGCCCUAGACUCGAAUUUGCCGAAGGGUGAGCCUAGAAAGGAGCUGCAGCUCGUCGUUGCCUACAGCCUUUUGUAUCUGGAGCCGCGUCACGCGCUUCUGAAACUCGUUAGAACCGGAGAACGUAAUUUACAGUGUAAAAUGAUGGAAGAAACCGAUUGGCUGAGCGGAAAAGGCUUCAGGGUCAUAAGGAGCGUACAAUACGCGCUGUCGUUGGUAAACCGUUUACUCAUGUUCCGACACAGCUUGGGUCUUGGACACGACGAGAGAUCGCCACUGGAGAUCGAUCUUUAUGCCUCGCCGUGUGUACCAAACGGUUUAUUGAUCGUACCGACGAUAGUCAAUUAUCUCUACCUCUCGUUCAGUCCUGCAUUGCAAGCGAUGGCUGUAAGAUUGUUGAAAAAAUUUGCUCAAGGAUUUUCCAUGUCGCUGCUCGUUUGUAUGGGUAUGGAUGGUACAGCGAUACGCGAAACCUUUGCUUCCCGUCUCAUGUCACCAACAUGUUCGGCCGAAGUUAAGGUCGCUAUUCUUGAUCUCGUGGCCGUAUGUCUCGAACGUCAACCAGGAUUGACCGAAGCCCUCUUCAAUAUAAUGCACCAGGCGGAGAGACGGAGAAUUUUUCCACGCCCGGCCGAUGAGUUUCUCACCGAAGGAUGCAGCCGCUUUAUCGAACUUUACCUCAACCGCAUCGACGAGGAAGAUAAAAUAGUCGAAGACAGCCUUUACGACAGUACGAUGAAUCUUUUACACGCAAUGUGGUACAAUCGUAACGAGAUACUCGUCAAUUACUUCCGGAAACGUGAGAGAUUUUGGAGCCAAUUUUUUGCUCCUCUAAUGAGACCGCUCGUCCCUCGCGCACGAGGCUAUGCGUAUCUCAUCGAUAUAAUAACGUUGGAAAUCUUCGAAACGUCACCACCAUCCAUGCAGGAGAAUGAUUUUGCUGUGAAUCUUGAAAAAUUACUGCUCAAAGGUGACCAUUGGCAGAGAAUAACGAAAUACAUUCUCGUCAACCCUGGCGAUUCGGUGAAUGAGGAACGCUCGAAGGAAGAAAUCGAAACACCCCUUUACGAGGCGAAUAUCGAAGCGUGGUACAAUUUCAUCGUAACCCUGACGGAUCCGAGGAUAAGCAACGAUCUUGUACAUCGGAUCGAUCCAACUAAAAUACGUGACAUGACCAGACUCACUCUGGACUCACUAUCAGCGCGGAUUAAGAAAACCGUUGUAGAAAUUGUCGAUGCAAGAAUAACGAUGCUGCUCGCAUCUCUCGCUCUCCGUUGCGUCACAACGUGGAGAAACGAUUGCGUCCAAUCCAGCUCACAAUUCGUCGAACAAAUCGUUCAACUGAUGCAAGACAUGAUACACUCGUAUGGAGCCUACGGUUUCGCCCUCAGACGCACUCUUCUGGCGCUCAUUCUUGGCUGUAUUCAACUGGUCAAGUCCACGAUCGCUAGUGAUAACGCAAGCCUCGAAUAUCUCCUGGCACAGGCUUGUAAUCUUUCCUCUAUCGAGUUACACAAACUCGAGAAUAUUGCACGUUCGAGGAAAAACGAUACAAUUUACGACGACGAUCAGGCCAUGGAGGUGACCACUGACAAUCAAAAUCUCGAUAAGCCUGAAGAAAGUUUUUCCAAAUCUCGAAAAUCUCAGCAAAACGAUAUCGAAUGCAUACCCGGAACCCUUGCGAUAAGUAUGGUCACGCAAUUGUUGAGAUGCAACGUUGACUCGAAUGUCAGAAAUUCAAGCAGAUUCGGGCGUAGAUCAAGUUGUUUCCAAUUACGUCAACUUAUACCUCAACUGAUGAGCUAUCUCGGUGGAACUGUUCAAACGUAUCGUUGCCUCACGUUCAGCAAAGCUGCCCUCGAGUUUCUUGGAACUGUUGCGAGAUCGCCUUACUACAAUCCAUCGCCCAGCCCGAUCGACGACGAGGAAUCUAUCGCUAAACUUUGGCUCGCUCUCAUACCGCCGAAUUGCUUGCGCAACAGUAUACUCGAUUCCCUCUACGAUGAUUCAACGAAUCAGGGCACGUGGCGUUGUCGUGAUUGGUGGUCGGUGUACACCCUCGGUCUGGAGAUGGUCACAGGUCUGGUAAAUGGUGUUGACGAUCCGAACGGAGAUUUGAUGCCCACUUGCCCCGCACAUGUCAACUCGAUUCUAUUGUUUCUUGGUUCUCACGAGAAUUAUUUGUUGGAAUCGGCGACUCUCCUGAGACACACCGCAGACCCCCUGGCCAUGGAUCUGGUACAAUCGCUUGUAGCUCUCAUUUCAACGGUCAGCGUACGUUCAAACUUAUGGGGCUCGUUGCAACCGAGCGUUUGCGACAGUUUGAUGAAAUGCAUGUACCUGGUGUACGACAGCACGGUCAAUUUGCUUCUACGUCCGAGGAUUUUGAAGUUCAUCAUCGACGGUGUAAGCGUGGAAAGUGCGGAGGAACUGCAAUCUUGCGACGACAAGGUUUUGAGCGUGGAACUCAAGCUGCUGGUGAAUAAGCUGAUCGUUGUAAAUUGGUGGUGCGCCCAAUGUUUCGUGAGAUUUUCACCUCGGCUGAACGCCCUCGUGGACACGAUAUACGCGCAAGAUUUCUGGUACACUCCGCUCGCCGAAAUGAAUUUUGGACCACCGCAGAUGUCGAUGAAUUCAGCGCCUCGUUUGACUUACGGUACAAUUAUAAGCUCGACGCAGUUAUUUACGCAGGCUUUGUACUCGCGAUCUACGGCAAACAACACACCUGCAAUAAUCGGCGGUGGUACGGGACGGAGAUCGAAUUCCAGUACGGACAACAUGGACUCGGCGAAACGGGAAUGGGAACGCGCAGCACCCGAUAAUUCCCGGAGGAUACACACCAAAGAUCUUCGUAGAAUAUUACAAAUUGGAAGACCCUCGACGUCGAGUUGCGAAUUUUCGAGUUAUGUGACCGGUCACGAUGUGACUGUUCCACUGCUCGGUAACCCACGGCUAUUGAGACGACCUUACGAUCCUCUGAUUUGCGAAAAUACGAUAUUAUCAAGAACAACACAGUUCGGUCAUCAUGGAUCGAGGCACGUGUCAAAACCGAGCGGACAGACACAAACUAUCGGUACAUCCAACAGCGGGUUGAACGUAAGCUCCAUGGGAAGUAGGAACGAACGACCGGAAACAAAUCCUUGGUUCGCUUCGAUGAACGAGAACAACGCUAGAUUAGCACUCGAGGUUAAUCUCGUACUUGUACUCUGCCAAACCCUCGAGGGCGUCAAGAGCCCGAGACUCGCGUUGAGAGAUCGACAACUCAUAGCUCGUGAGACCGCCAAUGAAAUCGUUGUCUUUUUCGAUUUCCUCGAACAACGUGGCGACGGUUUUGAAGAAGAAACGGCUUUAGAGGGUGCACUCGUAGGUAGUGGCUUCCAGGCAAACUUCGAUGAUAACGUUAGAAUGGUCAAAGUUAAGAGACAAUCUCUGGCGGAAUUCAAUGCUAGAUUGACGCCUGGCAGCACAAUCACCAAGAUACCCGUUGGUCUAUUAAAUCACAAUACCAACGAUUCCACACCGGCCGGAGUCUCCUUGGAAACUCGUCUCGACGAAGAUGUCAUCACUACCGGAGCUUUCGCCAAUAGUGCUAAUAAUAAUAUCCACUUUUUACCCUUACUUGGCAAACUACUAAAGUCGAUGCUCGAGUCCUUGGACUCUGCCCAGUACAGCUGAACAUUUUUCAAAGACAAAAUAACCAUCGACCGCGAAGAAGUUUUAACACUUUUAGUUUUCGGAUAUUACACCUUGGAGGGAAAAAAAUGCAUACAUUUUCCGGAAGCUCCUGCAGUCCUGUUCAAAAUCGAGUAGAAAAAUUUCUCACCCAACUGAUACGCCAUCGAAAUACCACUAUCAAACUGGUUUGACCAGAAAAAUCGAACCGAACGAGACGAUGUUUCUGUUAAAACAAAACCAAAAACUCGUAACUUUUUUAUAUUGUAAAUGAAUUUGUUUUCGUCCGGUUCUAUGGAAGACUCAAAGAAUGAAAAAAUUGUGGAAGUUAAAAAAAUGUAUGUGAAUUUGACGAAAAAGGUGCGGAUGUCAUCGAAGAUUAUUCGUGAACGUGAUAAAAAAAAAAGGCACUCCAUCUGGCAAUUCAUCUAUCGCCAUAUUUGAAAGGAAUUAAUAGAAAAACAUGGAAUAAAAAAGAAGUUUAGUUAUUAAUAUAA